AUGAUUAUCUACAAAGACGUGAUUUCCGGCGACGAACUGCUCUCUGACGCUUACGACAUCAAGGAGGUUGAUGGAGCCAUCUACGAGGCCGACUGCCAGAUGGUGCAGGUCAAGGCUGGUGCCGACAUCGAUAUCGGUGCUAACCCAUCUGCUGAGGAUGGUGCUGAGGACCUGGACGAUGGUGUUGAGACCGUCAACAACGUCGUCUACUCCUUCAGACUGCAGCAGACCCAGUUCGACAAGAAGUCGUUCCUGACCUACAUCAAGGGCUACAUGAAGAAGGUCAAGGCUCACCUGGCUGAGACCGCUCCAGACCAGGUGGAGGCUUUCGAGAAGGGUGCCACUUCCUACGUCAAGAAGGUCGUUGGUUCUUUCAAGGACUGGGAGUUUUUCACCGGUGAGUCCAUGGACCCAGACGGAAUGAUUGUCCUGCUCAACUACAGAGAGGACGGUGUCACUCCAUUUGUUGCUAUCUGGAAGCACGGUGUCAAGGAGGAGAAGAUCUAA